AUGCUGUCCACACAGAGAGCAGGGGAUGACAGCCAGUACCUUCUGGUGGCUAAGCUGGAUAACGCACGCAGUGUUUCAAACAUCUUGAAAGCCAUUCAUUUUAAAGAUACAGCUAUUAUAUUUGCUAGCCCUAUGGGUAUCAAAGUGACAGUAGAAGAUGCCAAAUGUGUGCAGGCCAAUGCUUUCAUCCAAGAGGCAAUUUUUCAUGAGUAUAACAUCAAGGCUGACCAACUGGCUUUCAAAAUCAAUCUGACAGUCUUGCUGGAAUGCCUGACUAUAUUUGGCAGCAGUGCCGUGCCUGGCGUCUGUACAAGCCUUAAGAUGUGCUACGCAGGAUAUGGCUGUCCGCUGAUCCUCAUGCUUGAAGAGGAAGGGGUUCUUACUGACUGUAGCUUGAAGACUUUGGAGCCGGAUGAGGUCUUGGACUUUGACUUUUGCAGCACAAAUGUUGUCAACAAGAUUAUCAUGAAGAGUGAAUGUCUCAAAGAAGUGUUUAGUGAGCUGGACACAACCAGUGAUGUUCUUCAGAUUCUGAUGUCUCCUGACGAACCUUAUCUCCAGUUUUCAACUUUUGGCAAUGCCGGCAGUAGCCAUUCUUCAUUUCCGAAAGAUUCAGAGAUGAUGGAAUCAUUUCAGUGUUCAAAAACCCAAACAAACAGGUACAAAAUCAGUUUGCUGAAGCCGUCAGUCAAGGCGCUGGCCCUCUCAGCAAGAAUCUCCAUUAGAACAGACGACAGAGGCUUUCUGUCCAUGCAGUAUAUGAUCAAACUGGAGGAUGGGCAGAUCUGUUUUGUGGAGUAUUUUUGUUCCCCUGAUGAGGAAGUCAAUGAUGGCGAGGACUAG